AUGCGGUGGCGAACACUCGCCAAUGCACUCUUGGUGGGCUCGGUGCUCGCUGACCAACAACAUUUUGAGGGCACCGGUGAUGAUACCUUUGUUGAAGAAUAUACCUUUCGGAAGACGAUCAUCGAUGUGCUGUCGGCCGACGAAGACUACAGUCUACUGCUGAAAGCCUUGCAACGAGCUCGAUUGGUCCCAACGCUGAACCGAAUCAAUGGGAGCACUCUAUUUGCACCGACCAACGCUGCUAUCGAGCGAUAUGCCAAGUCUCAUCCUGACUCGCUCUGGGCGUCGCUAGUGUCCGGGUCAGCUCCAACCAACCCACACAACGAGCUCAGACAACACGUGUUUUACCAUAUGCUAAACUAUACCACCACACCAACAACAUCGAACGACCUCCCAGCUGCCCCUGCAACAUUCACACACCGAACGCUUCAUUUUCCACAGGCACCUGACGAUGGAUCUGGACCACCCUCACACGAGCCUCCGGAUCUACCUCCGUGGAUGCCAGUACCCGGCGGACUCCUUGCCGGGGAGCCCCAACGAGUCAGAAUCACCUGGAGGGACGAUGCUGCGUGGGUAGCUGUUUCUGAACAAGGCGAGGGCGGGUUGAAGAUCGUCAAGGGUGAUGCUGAGGCUUCGAAUGGUCGUGUAAUUGGGGUCGAUGGCGUUAUUCCUUUACCAAAGAAUCUAGCCCAUGUGGUUAAACACCAUCCAAAUUUGAAGACACUCUCCCGUUACCUCACUCCGUCUAUCGAACGUGUGCUUUCCAACUCGCCUCACCUCACGCUAUUCGUCCCUGAUGACAAGGCAUGGGAUGUACUUCAACCUAUGGAGAAACUCUGGCUAGAUAGCGGAUUCGCCGAGCGAGAUUUGAUGGAUAUAUUUGCCAGACACGCGACCACCGGGGAGAAACCACAUGAAGAUGUAGAUUUCGCCGAUAAUAUCAAAGUAGGCUGGAGUGAAUACUGGGGCAGCGAUUCGUCCUAUCAAUCUUUGGCAAACAGUAAACUACAACUUGCUACUCAUUCCAAUGGAACUACUAUGGUCAAUAAUGGCACCGCCUCGGUUCUUCAAAAGGAUGUCUAUGCUUCUAAUGGAGUCCUACACACCCUCGAUUCAUUGCUUGUCCCGUCUGGUGCGCCGUUAUUCAAGGCGACCGCUGAGAAAUGGUUGCUGGCUCUCAAUGCCACAGUGUUUGUUGGCAUGCUCAGAGAAGCCGGAUUGGACUCUUACGUCAACGGAUCUGGAAAGGACAAGGAAUGGACCAUCCUUGCUCCCGCUGAUGACGUUCUGAAUGAUAUCCUACGAAAGAGAGAUCUGAACCUGUUUGGAAGUAUCAAGGACGAACUUAAGACGCUUCUGAGAUACCACGUUAUCCCUGGCAUUCUCGAGCCCAAGGACCUCGUCGAUGGACAACUGGUCGGAACUGAGUUGAGGCCUGAUAGUCUCAAAGGAGAACGAAUGCGACUCAAGGUGGACGUUGUAAGCAGUAAGAAAGGAGAUAUUGGGACAGAGGGCGAGGGUGGUGUGGGGAAUGGUGAUUUGGCAUUUGGAGGAGCAAACGUGAUUGCUGAACCUGUCCGUGUCGACAAUACGAUCAUUUAUCUGCUCUCAAGGCCCCUCAACUUACCUCCUGACGCAAUACAAGCAGCUUUGGGUUCACUUGAUCACACGACGUUCACCUCACUGCUAUUCUCCGCUGGGCUCAAUAUUUCUCGCCCUGCAACAACCUUGCUCGUACCGGUUAAUGAAGCCUUUGCUGCUCGAGGUCUGGCGACCAAAUGGCUCAUGAUGGACGACGUCGAUGCACGGACAGGGUUAAAGCGAGUAUUGAUGCAUCACUUGCUGGAGGGUGUAGUGUUUGGUCAAGACUUGUCGUUCGAUGGUGGAGCCGGGAAGAUUGCCAUACUCGCUGACGGAGACAAAGGAAACGGGAAAAAGAAGAGCUGGGGCACAGUGGAGGGGAGCGACGUCCGAGUCGUAAAAGAAGGGGAUAGUCUCCUAAUUGAAGCAAGUGGCCCGGAUGAAUCGCCACUCCCCUUGACUAUUCUUGACACUCUCACACGCACCGGAGCUCUCCAUGAAGUAUCAGGCGUCCUUUGGCCCCGAAGCGUACGUGUCGGGAUCCGCGAGCUUGGGCUAGCAGCGGAUGCCAGUACGAUGCUCCGGCUCGUCCAACGUGCCGGAUUUGAAGGGAUCUGGAACGGAACGGGUCUUCCGGUAGACAAUAUCGUGAACAUCUACCCCCCCUCAAUUGCGAGCGCUAAAUGGGGGAAAUGGUGGCUUCGUGGUGGCAAUGGCGACAGCAAAAAGCCCCAGCCCCCGAAAUGGACAUACACGCUACUUUGCCCAACCGACGCCGCUUUUGCGCGUAUCAAUCUUACUCGCCUAUUGGAUGAUCAUGACGCGCUCGUGGCACUUGUACGUCAGCACAUCGUGCCGGUCCCAAUCGCUGAGCAGGGCGCUGGGGUGGGCGCCAAGGAGUCUUCCUCCACUGGAUGGGUAGAGUGGAUUAUGAGCCGCUUUGUUCAGCCUGAGCGUGGAAUCGAAAACUUACUCAACGGCGAAUACGCACAAUCUCCCUCGCGAGCUCGUCCUCACACCAAUACCGCAUCUACCACUACCAGCACUCCUUACGAGCCUGAUGCCGAGACCCCACUACCACUGCAAUCGUCAACUGCGCGGUUUGGAACACUUCAGACGUCCCAUUCUGCCUAUGGGGACGUGAUUUUCGCGCAUACAGGCGACCACGGUUGGGCUAUCACCGUCAAGGGUGCGGAUGAGUGGGCUGGGGUAAAGGCGUGGGGGAAGACCGUUGGAGUCACGCCGGAUUCGGCAAGCAGGCUGGCAGGUAACUCGUUAUUGACGGGUGGGGUUGUCCAGAUCGACCGUGUUCUCGAGCCAUACUUUCCGUCAUGGUGGCGUGAGUGGAUACCUGCCCUUGGCGUGGGUGCGGCGGGCGUUGCGACCAUAGGACUAGUGUUCUGGGGUGUCAUAUGGGUAUGGAAGAGGGACGUGCAGGAGGCCACGUACGAACCUGCCAACGGAGACGAAGAUGAAUGA